AGAGACAAUGGGUCACAAUUAUCAUAAAAUAAAGGAAAAGUUAAUUCCCUCCCAUUUCCUCCAAACACACCAGACCUAGCUAGAUUUCACCCUGAAUCUCAGUAUUACCGAGGAGGAAAGAGGAAACUGGAAUAACUCAUCAUCUAAGAAUCCUCCAUCCCCUUUCCCCUUGAAUAAGCAGCUCAUGUUUCAACUUGUCUACGCGGGUGAUAGAGGGCCCAUGCCUAGAGUUACGCAGGCUCCUGGAGACCCUGACACGGAUACUUGGAGCCCAGAAGCUGCUCUGAGCAGUCUCUGCAUGAACACCAUUCACCCACGAGUGUUUCUUCUCCAGUUAGUACCAAAACAGACUGAGAGCCUACACUGUGCCACAUCUCUCACGUAACUGACGUGUUCCGGACUACUAACUACCCCACCCCCACAGCUGGAGGCUUCCUGACAAUUUUUUUUUUUUUUUAACUGCAUGCUCAAGUUUACGUAAGUAAAUCAAACAACAUGGCGAACUUGUUUACAGUAAUGCAAAUUAAAUCAGUGAGUGGAACCUUGCUACAGCCACUUCCUGCACAAAGCUCUCUUCUCCAUUUCACUUGCCGAACGCCCAUUUUAAAACACCGCCGCGGUAGGAACUGGGCAGGAGCGGGGCAGGAGCGGCAGGGGAGGGGGCAGCGCCUCCGCCUCUUCCCGGGGAGGACUGGCGGGAAGCGGCCAUCCCGCCCACCGGCUGGCGGGACGCUUAAAGCGCGCUGGAGCAUCUGGGAACUCCUUAAGUUCCCGCUCGGCACCGCCAUGUCCACCCCGGCCAAGAGGCACUGCCAGAGCCCAGCCGGCUCCCUCGAAUCCAGCUUCCAGAAGCGCCUCAGGAAGGUUUCCAUCGAGGGGAACAUCGCUGCGGGGAAGUCAACGUUUGUCAGGCUGCUGGAGAAACACAGCGAUGAGUGGGAGGUCAUCCCCGAGCCCAUCGCUAAGUGGUGCAACAUCCAGACAGCUGAGGAUGAGUAUGAGGAACUUUCAACAUCUCAGAAGAGUGGAGGAAACUUACUUCAAAUGCUGUAUGACAAACCCACAAGAUGGGCAUACACAUUUCAGACUUAUGCUUGCUUGAGCCGAGUAAAAGCACAAUUAAAACCUGUCUCAGCCAAGCUACACGAAGCAGAACAUCCAGUGCAGUUUUUCGAGAGAUCUGUGUACAGUGACAGAUACGUAUUUGCUUCUAACCUGUUCGAGUCUGGAAACAUUAAUGAAACAGAGUGGUCUAUUUAUCAGGACUGGCACACAUGGCUUUUGAAUCAGUUUCAAUCAGAUAUAGAACUGGAUGGCAUGAUCUAUCUCAGAACCACACCUCAGAAAUGCAUGGAAAGGCUACAGAUGAGGGGAAGACAUGAGGAGCAAGGAAUUGAGCUUGAGUAUUUGGAAAACCUCCACUAUAAACAUGAAACCUGGCUUCAUGAACGGACUAUGAGAGUUGAUUUUGAGAACAUUAAGAAGAUUCCUAUUCUAGUUUUGGAUGUUAAUGAAGAGUUUAAGAACAAUAAAAUUAAACAGGAGUACCUAAUUGAUAAAGUAAGUAUCAAACGUUGGGGGAUUUGUAUCUGCUUUUCUUCUGCAGUUAUCAUGCAUGCAGUGACACCUCCAGAGGUGGGAGGGAGAGUAAACAACCAUUUAAGGAAACAAGGUGGUAAUACAGAGGUCACUUCAGUCAAAACGAUGUUUACCAGUUCCAAGGAAAGGCAAGACUUAGGAAGUAAAUGUCAAAAGAAAUUCUUAUGGAGUUGUUUGGCCAGUCCAUGGGAAAAAAAACACCUCCUCCUAAUACCUAAAUGCAUGAGGAAGUGCUCUCCUAGCAAACCCUAUAAACCAUUUUCUUCAUCUUGCUCUGGGUCAUCAAUUUGAGAUUACUGAAGAAUGACUCCUUUAAGCCAAGCCUAAUUCCCUCAAUUAAACAGCUCUAAAUAAACUGGGAAGGGGAGCACAAUGAUCAGUUGUAAAGGUAUUUGUCAUUACAUCCUCAUGGAAACCAGCAAUUAAUAGCUUCAUUUUGAACAGAUAAUGAGGCAUGCCAUCUUCUACCUUGACCCUCUGAAAGCCCACAUGGAUUUCAGGUCAUGAAUUAAAUGUAAGAGCAAAACAUCACUGGAAAACUAUAGUAACAAACCAUUUUUUCCUGAAAAAAGGGAAAAGCCUGGUACUUUAGCUUUUACUGCACCAAAUAAUACAAAUGCUUUUUUCUGAUAGGUCAAGUCUUUCCUGACUUCUUUAGAAGAUGAAAAUUAAUUUGAAUAACAAGUUACUGAAGUUCACCCAACACUCUGUGUGUUCAAAAAUUUGAAAAACAAAUGUAUUACCUGUAUAGCUUAUUUUAAAGUAAGCCUGAAAUGUUAAUAUAUGGUUUGGUGUUUGAUUUUUUUUCCCCUUUGUAUGAUCUGUGUGGGUUUUGAUAGAAUUUUUUGUACAGCUAAAAAGAACAAAUAUGGGGUGCUUUGAUAAUGUUUUUUUUCUGUAUAUUCUCUGCUCUUUAAUAAAGAUUUAAAAGU